GGUUGUUCCGCCAGGGGUACCAGUCUUGUCCAUUGCGGUUUCGUUCCAAAUGCAGGCUCGCUUGUCUCUGAGCCCGAAUACCCUCUGAAACUGGACGCGGUGUUUGUCCAUGGUGCCGAUUAUACCCGCACCGACCCAGAUGGAGCCCAUGGCCGUUUGAAUGUAUCGAGCAUCUUGCAAGAUAAAGCGACUGGGGCCACCAUAUGUUACGAGUACACGGGCAUCGUGAACCUUGCGGGUCCGGCAGGCAAGGUUCUUAGCGGCAGUCCAGAUGCUGCUACAACCCUGUUCGGUGAUUCAUUCACACAUGUCAAGUUCGAGGUCGGAGAUAGACUGUUUAAGGAAAUCGAGAACAAAGUAUACGUCGGGGCUGGGAGAUUUAUUGUUGAGAAAGGCAAACCUCUUGUUGUCGAGUACAAAGUGAGUGAGGUUUCACAGGGACAUUAA